AUGGUAUUGCUGAGCCCGUCGGUCGGCGGUAUAAGAAUACUCAUUGAAAAGUGCGAGUCUUAUGCCAAAAAACAUAACCUAAGAUAUAACGUCGAAAAAAGUGUGUACAUGAUCUUCAAGGCGGGGAGCAAAUGCCCAUCAUACGUCCCACCCAUUCGUUUGAAUGGAGAACAAUUAAAGAGGGUUUAUACGUUCAAGUAUCUUGGGCAUUUGGUCACCGAAGACCUUCGUGACGACGAAGACAUUGAGCGAGAGCGCAGAGCGUUAGCUAUUAGGGCUAAUAUGAUCUCCCGUAGGUUCAGCAGGUGUACAGCGCAAGUUAAAAUAACACUUUUUCGCGCUUACUGUACUUCGCUGUACGCCUGCAGCCUGUGGACGCAGCGUACUAUAAAUGCCAUACGUGUACAGUACAAUGAUGCGUUCAGGGUACUGUUGAGACUGCCGCGUUACUGCAGCGCGUCGGGCAUGUUCGCCGACGCGCAUGUGGACGGGUUCCACGCGACGUUGAGCAAGCGCUGCGACCUCCCAACAUCUUAG